GAUGUAGAAACACUCACUAGAACACUCAUUUCUAAGUUGCUUUUGCUACUGGUGUGAGCUUAAAAUCCAUAUCAUACUUUCUUUGCUCUUGCCUCUUGCUCUUGCGCCCUUUUUGCUUUAGCUACAAAAACAGCAACCAUGUCCACAAUUGCAAAGAGAGAGUUGAGUUCUAAUGAAGAAGAGAGUGAGCUGAGAAGAGGCCCUUGGACUCUUGAAGAAGACAGCUUACUCAUUCACUAUAUUGCUCGUCAUGGUGAAGGUCGUUGGAAUAUGUUAGCCAAAAGUGCAGGAUUGAAGAGGACUGGAAAAAGCUGCAGACUCAGAUGGCUGAAUUAUUUGAAACCAGACAUCAAGAGAGGAAACCUCACUCCACAGGAGCAACUCUUGAUCCUUGAACUCCAUUCCAAGUGGGGUAACAGGUGGUCAAAAAUUGCUCAGCAUCUGCCAGGAAGAACAGACAAUGAGAUCAAGAACUAUUGGAGAACAAGGGUGCAGAAACAGGCACGCCAACUUAACAUUGAGUCUGGAAGCAAGAGAUUCAUUGAUGCUGUCAAGUGUUUUUGGAUGCCAAGAUUGCUCCAAAAGAUGGAACAGAACAAUUCUCCAAGUCCUCACUCCUCCAUGUCAAAUAUGAUGAAUUUAGGAAAUUCUGGAGAAGCUUCUAUGAGUUCAAUGUCAAGCACCUUCAAUAUUCCUUCUAUGUCUUCACCAUCUCCUCCACAAAAGGAGUUUAUAGAUGCUGCAAAUCAUUUUAGUACUAUGUCCAACCCCAUCAAUCCAUCCCCAGAUUCCUUCCAAUUUUCACAGCUACUUGAAAAUUCUGAAUACCCCAAAAGUUCUCCCAAUGUGCUUGAGAACAAUGUUUAUAGCUAUCCAAUUCAGGAUAAUUGCUAUGUUGAUACCAAUAACUAUGGAAUGGAAGGCCUAAACAUGGAUCCCCUUUCAGCAAUGGAAACUUGUGACUUCCCACAGUUUGAUUUUCAGACUGCAGGGAGUGAAUGGAUGCUAGACAGCAUGGGGGAUACUACUUUAUGGAACAUGGAUGCUAUGUGAUAGUGUUGACAAGAGAAGGCAUGCAACUAAAGUUCUUUCUUGGUGGGAUGGUAUAUCAUUGAAAAAAACAAAUGAAGAUUCUUAUGCUAUACUGAUUCUUAGUGAGUAUACAGUCUCAUAGGUAGAGAUUAGUACCAAGUGUAAGUUCAUUUAAUAUGAACCUCUUAAAAUAGCAUAUUUAAAAAAAAGUGCAGGAGAUGAUAUUAAAGUUCCCCUGUUUCAGAUUUAUUAAAAGUUGGAAAAGUUGUAAUUUGAUUAAGACUCUGUGUCUU